AGUCAAAAGUCAGUGAACGUCUUAAAAGGACAAUUGUUGACGGCACGGCUAUUAUUUCAGCUUCGGGAUUUCGAGCGGAGUGACCGGCGACGUGACGAAGCGGCUGCAGCCGCCAGAUGAGGAGACGGCCUUCUUCGUCUUCGAAUGACGACGAUGAGUGUCACGCAUCGCGUGUCAACCUCCAUGAAUACCUAACAAUGAAAGCGAAACCGCGGCUCCAAUUAUGUCCACGACUUGUCGUGUUCAGACGACCAAAGCAACUAUAUAUGCCCGAAAGCAGUCUCCACGCAGCCAGUCCAUGACACUGAAUCGCCAUAUCUUGUUUUCUAAGAUUGACCUCUGAUCAUCAUACUUUACAUCGAAGAGCCUCACCUUUGCCGCUGCCGAAGGUAUUCUUAUUCGACUUAAUUCAACGUUGCCCUUGUACUCGCGCGAUAUCCAGUGGAUGUCUUUGAUAAAAUAAUUCUUUUGAUGACAAUAACGUGAAAUGUUUUAAAAUUCCCAUAUAUAUACAUGUGAAAUUUCAGAAGUAAUUUAUAUUAUAUUCAGAAUGAGAAAUAUUGACGUGACUUAAUUUUGAUAGGAUAAAAAUGUAAAGUUUGUCAACAAAUCGUAAUCUUUUUUGUCGUAUAAAGAUUUAAAAGAAGUUCAUUAAACAUGCUAGUAUUAUUUGCAUUUAUUUAUAGUAAAUCAUUGGAUUACUAUCAUCUAUUUUUUCUUUUUCAGAUGACGUUCCGAAUUUCGCGAACUUUAACCGUGGCAAUAAGUUGUUUCGCUGUUCUGGUCGGUUGCAAACCAAAGUUUGACGAUGGAGGGUUUGUACCAAGUUCCAUCAGUUAUGUGGAAAAGCAUGCGAAGAUGCAGGAUCAGAUAGCCAUGCCGUCGUCUCAGAUUAAACAACGAGAAGAGAAUCCACCGAAACGCGAAUCUGAGAUGAACGAUGUUACGGAUCGCGGCCAGGAAGCGCGAUUUGGUUUCACUAAUAUUGGAGGUACAGGAAGCGGCUACGGCGUGUCGCCUUACGCACCGGCGAAGAUAGAUCUUGGCGGACUUCUCUUAGGAGCCAUCAUUGGCGUGGGAUCAAUCCUUAUCAUCCCAAAGUUGCUUUAUAUCCUAUCGGGCACUUAUGGCGCGUAUGCGAGAAGUGAGGACUCCGGUUUCGCCCAGACCCUGACGAAGAUCGAUGACGUCCUCGCUCGUCACGGCAUCGACACGACCUCGUGCAUGCAACGCGCGGUGUGCACCUAUUCGCAGCAAGCGGCCGCCGUAGUCGGCGACGAGAACGGGAAUGGGAACGAAAACGAUAGGGACGAUAAGGCGACGUCCUUUGACAGGAUGGUGAACGCCAUCACCAGCAAUCAGGUGUUCCGCACCGCUAUGCAGGGCACGGCGAUCGAGGAAGCGGUGGAAGCCGGCAAAGCUAACCGAAACUGUUCGAGAUCGUAUCCGCAUUGCGGCUUCUCGAUGGAGACAAUGCUAUCGCUGCUGGCCAACGUCAUCGCGGUGGCAAACGCGCGACCCGCGACGCCCACCGCCUCUUCAUCGCUAUAACAAUUCAUUUACGUAUUUUUCAACAUUCUUCUUUUGAAAGUUGACGGGAAUAAAAGACGACGCGAGAAAGAUACUCGCGAUUAAAUCAAGAAAGAAGAACCGCAUUGAAAACUGAUUCACUAUGUCGUGCAUCCAGUACACUUUUCGCG